AUGUUCUCUGGCACCGAAAACCAUGAGAAUCCAAUAGUGGAGUUACCAGGUCUCGGAAGACUACGAGGAUCAACCACGCGAGGUGCCUGGACCGGAAGCAAAAUCUAUCAGUUUUUGAACAUUCGCUACGCAGAACCAAUGGAUGGUGAAAAGCGCUUCAAGCCUCCAAUUCCAGCUCAGCCAUGGGAAGGCAUUAUGGAUGUUUCUAAGCCUAAGCUUGGAUCACCUGUCUACAUGGAGAUGAAGAAAUACACCCCAGAACAGCUGGCUCAAAACCAAGAAGAUUGUAUAAACGUUUGUGUGUACACUAAAAAUUUCAACGGGAAAAAACCUGUCAUUGUCUUCAUUCAUGGUGGAAUGUUUUUCACUGGAGCAGCAAGUCACUUUCCACCGAACUACAUCAUGGAAAAGGACGUAGUUCUAGUCGUGCCCCAGUACCGUCUAGGACCGCUCGGAUUUUUAUCCACCAGAACGGAGAAUAUUCCAGGAAAUGCCGCAAUUCAUGAUGUCAAAUUGGCACUGGAAUGGGUCCAGAAGCACAUUGCGCAAUUCGGUGGAGAUCCUAAUCAGGUUACGGUAAUGGCCCAAUCUUCCGGAGCGUCGAUGAUAUCAUCCAUGCUGUACAGUCCAGCCAUUGAUACUGAACAAUUGUUCCACAAACUCAUCUUGCAAUCAGCAGUUUGCUUUGCCACCUGGAGUUACGAUCACAACCCGGUAGAGAAUGCCCGUCGUAUUGCUGUGGCAGCUGGUUGUGAUGCCAAAGCCAGCAAUGAAGAAGUCGAACAAUUCUUGAUGGAGGUCGAUGUUCUGCAGCUUUUGUUAGGAUUCUCCAAACAUUACCGUUCCCAGAUGAACAACGAAGGCUGCAACCACAUAGGUGGUUGUCGACUUGUAACUGGAUGUCCCCAUCAGCUUUAUCCUGAUCUCCCGUACCAUGCGAUGCGAAAGGGUAGAGUGCGAAAGAAUCUUCCGAUGCUUAUCGGAACGAUGAAGCAGGAAGGAACUUUCGCAGUAGUCGAUAUAUUUGUAGCGCUGGCGUCUAAAAAACUUUUACAGAGACAUUCAGUACCCUCGCAUAUGCUCAUAGAUGAGAUCAACAAAAUCAUGGGAACAGACGAUCCAGCGUGUAUAACCAGAACUCUACAGUCCUUGUUGUUCUACGAUCAAAAAAUACUUCGGCAAAACGACAUAAUGAAGAUGAUUCCUGCAAUUGUAGACUCGGCGGCAGCAUGCCUGGUCAAGGGUUCCGUACUCAAGCAAGCCCAGAUGAAUUCUGUUUAUCAACCGAAUAACACCUUCCUGUACAGCUUCGACUACGCAGGCCAGCACACUAGAUUCGGCUAUGGAAUGGAUGUCUCACAGCUCCCAUUCACAGGAGGGGUCCACCAUACGAAUGAUCUGCUGUACCUGUUUCCGUACCCAACGGAAGCAUCACAGCUGAACGAUGUUGACACACAAAUGGCAAAACGUACCGUUGAUUUGUGGACUUCAUUUGCCAGCGAAGGGGUACCCAAGGCGGAAGGAGUACCCCAGUGGCCUAGUAUGAAAGACGCUUAUGGACCUUACAUGAAAAUAGAUCUGAAUUGCACGGUUGCAGAAAAUUACGCACACGAGUUCUUGGUAACAUUGAAGGAUCCGGCGUCAAUAGCGAAACCGAUGGAGCAAGCCGCCCAAGUUGAUGUUCAAACGCCCCCGGAAAGGAAACAGGAAUAUCGGAAAGCCGCUGUACAGUAG